CGCCGCCUUGCCUUGCCUCGCGUCCGUCCUGUCAGUCGGCUAACAGGCGCGGAGGGAGAACCAUGCGUGCGUGUGUGCGAGCUGCGUGUGUGUAACUGUGACAAGCGUGCUUGCGACGGACAUUGUUGUCAGUAACCAAGUUUUUUGUAAACUAGCUAAUUUAUUUUUGCAAGUAAUAUUUUUCGUGUUCUCUCUCGUCCCGUCGCCGUGUUUUUGACAGUGAUUUGUUGUGCACUGGAUUAUUACUUCGAUUACGACAACGACUUCAUCACAUCGCUCUUUAGUGAAAAAUAAAAAGUGUUUCGCGAGUGAAGUGUGAGUGUUCUUCAGUGAUGACAAGUCAAGCCGACAUCAACCAACGACCUCGCCUUGGAUUAAAGUGAUUUAAAGUGCUUCAGUGAGUGCUGUGGUGUGGCCCCCCAAAAAGUGCAAAAGACGUCGCAACAUGUGUUGUUGAUGCCUGUGGAUACCACCACGUUCGCCCCAUUUUUUGGAAUAAAGUGCUGAUGUGCCGGCGGAAUUAAUGGCUCGCUUUCGCCGUUAAUUCUCUUCCGGGAAGAAAAAAGUUGACCGAGAGUGAGUGAACACCUCAGCUCGCAAGAUGUGGAUUACCAACCAUGGAUUGCUCAUCGUGCUCGCGACUCUUCAGCUGGUGUCGGCGUCCGGCGUCUUCGAGCUCCGGCUCAAGUCGUUCAUCAACGACUACGGCAAGGACGCGGUGGGGCAGUGCUGCUCUGGGGAGACGGGCGCCGAGACGUGCACGGCCCCGUGCCGGACGCGGUUUCGCGUCUGCCUCAAGCACUACCAGGCGCGCGUCGACACCACCAGCCCCUGCACCUUCGGCGACAUCGUGACGCCCGUCCUCGGCGACAACUCGCUGCAGAUGGACGCGCUGCAGCCCACUGAUGGCUUUAGCAACCCCAUCCGCUUCCCCUUCGACUUCACUUGGCCGUCAACUGUGAUCUCUUGUUAUUGUAUUUUUGUGGCCCCCAUGGCUGUUGCAGUGGACAUAUUCUUCACUGGAAUAGUUAUGGCUGGCUCCAUUAUUGACUGCCAUUUGUUGACUGCUAAUGUAUUAGUAUUAAGGCUGGUGAUAGAUGAAAUGAGAGAGGUAUAA